AUGGAGAAGUCCCGUGCCUUCGUCAACGAGGUGGAGCUUCGCGCCAACGAGGUGCCCAAUCUAGACGAUGAAGAGUCCAUCGUCUCUGGCCUCACCUGCAUUGGUCUGGUAGGUAUCGAGGAUCCUGUUCGUCCUGAAGUGCCCGCCGCCAUUCGUAAAUGCCAGAGGGCCGGCAUUGUUGUGCGCAUGGUGACCGGGGACAAUGUGAACACGGCACGCUCAAUCGCCAUCAAGUGUGGCAUCGUGCGGCCCAACGACAAUUUCCUCGUGAUGGAGGGAAAGGAGUUCAAUCAGCGUGUCCGUGAUCCGAACACCGGACGCAUUCGGCAGGAGUUGAUUGACAAAAUCUGGCCAAAUCUGCGUGUACUGGCUCGCUCGUCACCGCAGGACAAGUACACUCUUGUCUCGGGUAUCAUCGACAGCCACUUGACGUCGUCGCGUGAGGUCGUCGCGGUUACUGGCGACGGUACUAACGACGGCCCAGCCCUAAAGAAGGCAGACGUAGGCUUUGCUAUGGGAAUCGCAGGCACCGAUGUCGCUAAGGAGGCCUCUGACAUCAUCCUCACCGACGACAACUUCACCAGCAUCGUCAAGGCAGUGAUGUGGGGCCGCAAUGUCUACGAUUCAAUCGCCAAGUUCCUCCAAUUUCAGCUGACCGUCAAUGCAGUGGCCGUGAUUGUAGCUUUUUUGGGCGCUUGUUUCAUUACGGUGCGCAUCAUUUUGGCUUCGACUGUCAAUUAA